UGCUGUGUAUUUAUGUUAAAUGGGAACCACUUUAGACCAAUUAUAAAUAUUGUUCAAAACAAUUGGUUAAUAUUUUUACUUAUUAAUAAAGCUCUUUCAUUUCAUGAAUCUCGGCCAUCAAGUGCGAUCCAUAUAUCUCUAGCAAUUUGGCCACUCAGAACCUGAGCGAAACAAAGAGCAAAAGAGAAUGAAAAGACCCUAUUCUUCUCCCUCUGCUUCGUCCUCAUCUAAUUCAAAACGUCCAAAAAAGUAUGAUGUGUUCUUGAGUUUCCGUGGAGAAGACACUCGCAACAAAUUCACAUCGUUCCUCUUUCGUGCGUUGAAGGAAAAAGGAAUUCAUCAUAUCUUCAUAGACGAUGAACUCAAAAGAGGAAAAGAUAUUUCCGAACUGUUUGGAAAAAUAGAAGAGUCAAGUUGUUCAAUUAUCGUUCUCUCAACAAACUAUGCUAAUUCAACAUCGUGCUUGAAAGAACUUGUCAAGAUUCUUGAUUGCAGGAACACCAUGGAGCAGAUUGUUUUACCAAUUUUUUUCCUUGUGGAACCAGCUCAUGUGCGAAACAAGACUGGAGCGUUCGGAGAAGCAUUUAAUGAACUCAAAGAAAAGAAGGAAAAGGAGAAAGCAAUAUUGACAGAAAAUAAAAGAGAAGACAUCGAGAAAGAGCUGAAAAGAUGGGAAGAUGCGUUAACACAGCUAGGCGGAAUUUCGGGAUUCCCUUUGACUGAAAGGGAUAAUCAAGCAGAAUUUAUCGAUGACUUUGUUUUAAAGGUAUCAGAAGAAUAUGUUGGUUCUCCAAACAUAAUUUCUAAGGGCCUAUUUGGAAUGCAUUCACGCAUGGAGAAGCUGAAAUCAUAUGUUUAUAAAUCAAAGAGUGGUGCUGAGUUUAUUGGAAUAUGCGGGAUGGGUGGUAUAGGCAAAACAACAAUUGCCAGAACUUUUUAUGAAUUGGAGUCUUCUCAAUUUGAAAGUAUUAGCUUCCUUGAAAACGUUAAAGGAAAUUAUCUAAAGUCCCUUAAAGAGCAGCUUCUUUCAGAUACUUUUGAGGGGGAGAAUGCACAGCCAACUGUGGAACUAUAAGAAAUAGAUUAUGUCGUAAAAAGGUUCUUAUUGUUAUUGAUGAUGUAGAUCAUCUGGACCAGCUAGAAACUCUGGUUGGGGAACGCGAUUGGUUUGGUUCAGGGAGUAGAAUCAUCAUCACAACCAGGGAUAGACACUUGCUAAUUGUGUUAGAAUUUUUUAUGGAUCUAAAUAUGCAUAAUAAAUUCCAUAAAUCAUAAAUUACUAACCUCCAAACGCAGCUAUUGGUAAAUUAGAUCUUUAAUCCUGCAAAAUAGAAAACAAUGUAAAGUAGUGCCUAUGGACACACUACUCUCAAACCACUCUCAAAUAUCUGAAAACCCUAAUAUCAAAAAUACCGUAUGGCAUCAAUUGUUUGCUUGCCCUAGACCUUUAAAUAGUCUCUGCAAGUCAGACUUAUCCAUUAAUUUUGACACACAUAAAAUAAUAAUAAUUUGAUAAUAUAAUUAU